AUGGCUGACCAAGUUGCGGUGCUGCCAGUCCCAAACUUACCCCUCCCCAUACUCGCCCAACCAGAAGACCUCUCAGAGGAGCUCUCAGAAGGUCGCUCAGAAAACCAUUCAGAGAGACUCGGCGAUUGGGAUUUCCGUGACCCCAAGCCCGACGAAAACCCCAUGAUUAGCUACAGCUCACCAACUGUGACACUCCUUGUCGGCCCAGAAAAGGUGGCGAUGAUGGCCCACAGAGCGUUCCUUACAAAUUACGAUGGCUUCUUUGCGACUUGUCUCAAAGAUGAUCGCUUUGCGGAAGGUAUGAAGAACAAGAUCAGUCUCCCGGACGAAGAGACCGAAAAGAUCGGCAAAAUUCUCAUGUUUCUGUACACUGGUAAACUGUGGAGCCCUUUGCCAGACAGUGUCGCUUGCCCAUCGAACACAGAGCUCGUUGAGUUCUACACACUCGCUGACAAGUAUUGCCUCAAGGAGUUGGCCAAUAUCGCUGUCAACUACGUGGGACCUGGACGCUGGUGUCAAGAGCCCUUCCCUUGGUCCCUAUUCAAGCGUUUGAACGAUUCUGUGCUGCGAGGUAGUAUGAUGUGGUCAAAGUUGGUAGAAUGGGUAUGCCGAGAGAUCCUAUCCGACCACAACAGCGAUGAAUAUUUAGGAGAGCUUCGCUCAAUCGUUGACGGUCUUGGAUCAGAUCCUUCUGCUGCCAUUGAUUUCCUCCGCGAGAUCUCGGAUAUCAGGACAGCAAGAGCAGGAGCAGUAAUAGCAUGGGCAGCAAGUGAAGGAGAAGCAGGAGCAAGUGCACACGGCUGGGACAACUCUCCUAUUAGCCACAGCGUCCUAUAUGCUGAUCAUGGGUGUUUAAUAGAGCUUGACUCUAUUCUCAAUGCCGGCUUUAGACUAGAGAUCGCUAUUACCAUUGAACUCCUCCACGGUAUCUCAGAUCAACGGAAAGCAACAUUAAAUGAGCAUUCCUAUAUGUGGUGA